AUGGAGACUAAGCUUCUGCUUUCUGCUCACAAACCCUUGUUCGUCUCUUGCAACUCUCCGUUCAAUGAAAAACCUCACCUUUCCGUCAAAUCCCAUUUACCCAUGUCCACAAUUCGAGCUGCGAGGUCUCAGUUUUUGGGGGAAGGAUUGAUUUUGGGGAACAAGUACGGGUUUUGGAGCGCUUCUAAGAAGCCCCGUGUCGUUGUCGAGCCGGUGAGAGCUGCUGUGAAGAGAAGGAAAGAGCUUACUUUCGAUAACGUUGUUCAAAGAGAUAAGAAGUUGAAACUGGUGUUGAACAUUAGGAAGAUUCUCGUGAGCCAGCCCGAUAGGACGAUGUCUCUUAGGGGUUUAGGUAAGUACAGGAGAGAUCUAGGGUUGAAGAAACGUCGUCGGUUUAUAGCUCUGCUUAGGAAAUACCCAGA